UUUUUUUUAUAAGACAUGAAACAAAAAGAUGAAUUUACAAAGGCUUAUUCAAGUUUCUGUAUUAAUUAUAUGUCAAAUCGCCAUAUGUAUGUAAAUUAACAAAGACAAUUAACACUUGUAUUUGUGAGGUUUGAUAAUUUGUGAUCUAGUGCGACACAACUUUAGAAUAAUGUGCCAAUUCAUUAGUGGACAUGUGCUGUUCAGAACCACGACUUUUCUAUUAUGUGGUUCUUUUGUCCCGUGACCUCUCCCACAUGGCUAGGUUCACAUGACAAACUAAACAUAAUAACAAAACAUUUAAAAAUCCUAUGAAGCUCUCCUAUAAAUAAUAUUGUCGAAUGUAAGCCCCUCAGAGUCUUAGUUUAGGCAGAUAGUUAUACAAUAAAAUGGCCAAGAGCGGUUCUAAAGUAGUGGUCUAUUGGAUACUUCUGGCUAUUUUCAGCAUGAUAUCAUUGUUGGGGAGUACCAGUGCUGUAGUUUUGUGCAACAUUGAAUCCAGCAAGCUUGCAGUAUGCCUACCUGCAUUGCAAGGUAAAUCACCGGAUGAGCAAUGUUGUGCUCUAAUUCACCAGGUCAACUUGUCGUGUCUUUGUAAGUACAAGUCUGCACUUCCUGCAUUCGGUGUCGACCCUGCACGAGCUGUUGAACUGCCUCAGAAAUGUGGCCUGAAAGCACCACGGGAAUGCCAAGUGGCUUGAAGCAUCAGAGAGAAACAGCUGAAAGGAAUUUGCCCGUUGGAAUAAUUCAGUGUCGCACGAUUGUGAUCUCUUGCAUUUUAUCUUAUUUAAUAAAAGUGAUUCCUUGUCAAGAUUAAAUUUUGCGAAAUCAACUUUUAAAGACGAUGUUUGUCUAAUGUAAUAUUUUCUUCAUGAGCGA